AUGCGACGAGGAUAUACUUCGUUACAGCGCCAAUUAAAGCCCGACAGUGUCUUCUUCCUCGGCGAUCUGUUCGACGGCGGCCGAGAGUGGAAGACGCGGCGCGGCGACACGUUUGUCGAUCCAAAAUGGGGUGUUGAGCGGUCUGCCACCGAGAAGAAGUGGGUGAGGGCGUGGCAUCGCAAAUAUGGUGAAGACUAUUGGAUCCGGGAGUAUCAGAGAUUCUGCGACAUCUUCGUCGGCCCAUUUAACGAGGGAAGCAGUGUUCCCGGGCCAUACCAGAGGGGUAAGAAACUGGUUGCCAGCUUACCCGGAAAUCACGAUCUCGGCUUUGGUGCUCAAAUUCAGGUGCCUGUUCGUGACAGGUUCAGUGCCUUCUUCGGCGAAACCAAUCGCGUGGAUGUGGUGGGAAACCAUACUAUUGUGUCGGUAGACACGGUAUCCCUGAGUGCCGAUACCUCACGGUACAAGGAUGAACAUGACUUGAAGCCCAUCUACGGGCCAGUCCAUGAAUUUCUGGACCAAGUUCAGGCAAGCAAGCGAAAGGCCGCUCAACAAGAGUUGGCCGUUUGGCAUGGAGUGGACCGAGGGUUGAAGCUACGACACGAGGUCGAGGAUAUCAACGAGGCAGAUUUAUCACGCUCGCCAAUGGACCCGGGAGAGGGUGCGCCUGACUUUCCUACGAUUCUACUCAGUCAUGUCCCCCUUUACCGAGACCCUGGCACGCCUUGCGGUCCCAACCGCGAACACUGGCCACCGAGCAAGUCGACGAUGAAAAAGGAUGGAUCUGUCGAUCCCGCCGCCCGCGAUGAGCGCAAUGCCAUCAGCGUCAGUGGCGGCUACCAGUAUCAGAACGUUUUGAACGACGAAGAUUCAGUCCGGCUGAUCAAGAAGAUUGGCAAUGUCGUACACGCGUUUUCAGGUGAUGACCACGACUACUGCGAGCUGGUGCACUCUGCUGCUCAAGAAAACGUGCCCGAGAUUACCGUCAAGAGUAUCAGCAUGGCCAUGGGGGUGCCAACGCCAGGAUUCGUCAUGGUCAGUCUGUUCAACCCCGUCGACGCCCACGGCAAACCUAUCCCCAACUCGCCCGAGAAGACAAUUCAAACCCAUCUCUGCUUGCUUCCGAAUCAAUACCACACGUACAUCAAGUACAUUACUUUUGUUAUCAUUUCCCUCGCUCUACUAUUUACCCGAGCGAUUCUUGUUCCUGUCCUCCACCUCACCCCAUUUGCCCUCGAACCUGAGACUCACGCAGCUCCCGCGCUCCCCAUGUACAAGGACAAGGUGAAGACGGAAUCACCUGAGUACGGCGCUCUCCGCUCGUCAGUGGUGGCGACAUCCGGCGCUAGGAGCCAGGCAGACGGCGGCAACGCAAGAUGGACACCCAAGAGGAGUAAACCCCGUCAACAAUGGGGGUGGGGCAGUGAGAAUGGAGGCCCUCGCAUUACACUCGAAGACCAUUUCUACGACGGCGGCAAAGCCAACAGGGGAAGGAGGAAGUUGCGCAUACUAGCAAGGGAGCUGUGGACGACGUCAUGGCGCUUGGCGUGGUUGACGGUGUUAUACUGGGCAUACCUGGCAUGGAAGGGCUAG